AGCGGUAACACUUUAACCACCUGCAAAAGCUCGCCUAAUUUUUUUGGCACCAGCACAUCUUGUCUCAUGUUUUUGCGAUUUUUGCGACAUUUGAGUACCCAGAAUGGACGCCAAGCGCAAGUUUAAUGGACCAUCCAACGGCCAGGCCAAAAAGCCCAGGAACCCAGACGACGAUGAGGAAAUGGGCUUUGAGGCGGAGCUGGCCGCCUUUGAGAACUCCGAGGAGAUGGACCAGACCUUGUUAAUGGGCGACGGACCCGAGAACCAGCAGACCAGUGAGCGUUGGUCCCGUCCACCGCCCCCAGAACUGGACCCCUCCAGGGAUAGUUUGGAGUUUCAGCAGCUCGAUGUGGAAAACUACUUGGGACAGCCUCUGCCGGGAAUGCCAGGUGCCCAAAUAGGACCCGUGCCGGUGGUCCGCAUGUUUGGCGUCACCAUGGAGGGCAACUCUGUGUGCUGUCAUGUUCACGGCUUCUGUCCGUACUUCUACAUAGAAGCACCCAGGCAAUUCGAGGAGCACCACUGCGAAAAACUACAGAAAGCUUUGGACCAAAAGGUCAUUGCCGAUAUCCGCAACAACAAGGAUAAUGUUCAGGAGGGUGUGUUAAUGGUAGAACUGGUGGAGAAGCUGAAUAUACACGGUUACAACGGAGACAAGAAGCAGAGAUACAUCAAAAUCUCCGUUACGCUGCCAAGGUUCGUGGCCGCCGCCUCGCGUCUGCUGAAAAAGGAGGUUAUCAUGUCGGAGAUCGACUUCCAGGACUGUCGCGCCUUCGAGAACAACAUUGACUUCGACAUCCGCUUCAUGGUGGACACGGGAGUGGUGGGCUGCAAUUGGAUUGAGCUUCCGAAAGGGCACUGGCGAAUGAGGAACAGCCGCAGCAAGCCUCUGCCUGAAUCCCGAUGCCAGAUCGAAGUUGAUAUUGCUUUCGACAGGUUCAUCUCCCAUGAGCCAGAGGGCGAAUGGUCCAAGGUGGCUCCCUUCCGCAUCCUAUCGUUCGACAUAGAGUGCGCUGGUCGCAAAGGAAUCUUUCCCGAGGCCAAAAUGGAUCCGGUCAUUCAGAUAGCCAAUAUGGUGAUCCGGCAAGGAGAACGAGAGCCAUUCAUCAGGAAUGUUUUUACCCUGAAUGAGUGUGCUCCCAUUAUAGGAAGCCAGGUGCUGUGCCACGAUAAGGAAACGCAGAUGCUGGACAAGUGGGCUGCAUUUGUCCGUGAAGUCGAUCCGGACAUUCUGACCGGCUAUAAUAUUAACAACUUUGACUUUCCCUACUUGCUCAAUCGAGCAGCGCAUUUGAAGGUUAAGAACUUCGAAUAUCUUGGCAGAAUCAAGAACAUUCGCUCGGUGAUCAAGGAACAGAUGCUGCAGUCCAAGCAGAUGGGUCGCCGAGAGAAUCAGUAUGUGAACUUUGAGGGUAGAGUUCCCUUCGACCUCCUGUUUGUCUUGCUGCGCGACUACAAACUUCGCUCCUAUACACUCAACGCUGUGAGUUAUCAUUUCCUGCAAGAGCAAAAGGAGGAUGUGCAUCACAGCAUCAUUACCGAUCUUCAGAACGGAGACGAGCAGACACGUCGCCGUCUGGCGAUGUACUGUCUCAAGGAUGCCUACCUGCCGUUAAGAUUGCUCGAGAAGCUGAUGGCCAUUGUUAACUACAUGGAAAUGGCCAGGGUGACGGGAGUGCCGCUGGAAUCCCUGCUCACCCGUGGACAACAGAUCAAGGUUUUGAGUCAACUGCUGCGCAAGGCCAAAACCAAGGGAUUCAUCAUGCCCUCAUACACAUCUCAAGGAUCGGAUGAACAGUACGAAGGAGCCACUGUGAUUGAACCAAAAAGAGGCUACUAUGCCGAUCCCAUCUCGACGCUGGAUUUCGCCUCCCUGUAUCCGAGUAUAAUGAUGGCGCACAACUUGUGCUACACCACCUUGGUUUUAGGUGGAACUCGCGAGAAGCUGCGUGAGCAGGAGAACCUCCAGGACGACCAAGUGGAGCGCACGCCUGCCAAUAACUAUUUUGUAAAAUCUGAGGUGCGUCGUGGCCUGCUGCCUGAGAUCCUGGAGUCCCUUUUGGCAGCCAGAAAGCGCGCCAAAAAUGACCUCAAAGUGGAGACAGAUCCCUUUAAACGAAAGGUUUUGGACGGUAGGCAGCUGGCUUUGAAGAUUUCAGCUAAUUCAGUGUACGGAUUCACUGGUGCUCAGGUGGGAAAGUUGCCCUGUCUGGAAAUAUCUGGCAGCGUUACUGCAUACGGCCGCACCAUGAUAGAGUUGACCAAAAACGAAGUGGAGUCGCACUACACACAGGCCAAUGGUUACGAAAACAAUGCUGUGGUCAUCUACGGAGACACUGACUCCGUGAUGGUUAAUUUCGGAGUAAAAACCUUGGAGCGCAGCAUGGAGCUAGGUCGCGAGGCAGCGGAACUGGUCAGUUCCAAGUUCGUGCAUCCUAUUAAACUUGAGUUUGAAAAGGUCUACUAUCCGUACCUUCUGAUCAACAAGAAGCGCUAUGCGGGAUUGUUCUUUACCCGACCUGAUACGUACGAUAAAAUGGACUGCAAGGGCAUCGAAACCGUGAGGAGAGACAACUCACCACUGGUGGCCAACCUGAUGAACUCCUGCCUGCAGAAACUACUCAUCGAAAGGGAUCCUGAUGGAGCAGUGGCCUAUGUAAAGCAGGUGAUAGCCGAUCUUCUUUGUAAUCGCAUAGACAUCUCCCAUCUGGUCAUAACAAAGGAGCUGGCCAAAACGGAUUACGCUGCCAAACAGGCGCACGUUGAGUUGGCCGCCAAGAUGAAGAAAAGAGAUCCUGGCACGGCACCCAAGCUGGGGGAUCGAGUUCCUUAUGUGAUCUGUGCGGCAGCUAAGAAUACACCAGCUUACCAGAAGGCUGAGGAUCCGCUGUAUGUGCUGGAGAACAGCGUUCCCAUCGAUGCCACUUACUAUCUGGAGCAGCAGCUGUCCAAGCCGCUGCUGAGAAUCUUCGAACCUAUCUUGGGGGAUAAUGCAGAGUCCAUUUUGUUGAAGGGAGAGCACACUCGCACGCGAACUGUGGUAACAUCCAAAGUGGGUGGACUAGCUGGUUUUAUGACUAAGAAAACCGCCUGCUUGGGCUGCAAAUCCCUGAUGCCAAAAGGUUACGAGCAGGCCUGCCUGUGUCCACAUUGCGAGCCGCGGAUGAGUGAGCUCUAUCAGAAGGAGGUGGGGGCCAAAAGGGAACUGGAGGAGACCUUCUCGCGCUUGUGGACGGAGUGCCAGCGAUGCCAGGAAUCCUUGCACGAGGAGGUGAUCUGCUCCAACAGAGAUUGUCCCAUCUUCUACAUGCGACAGAAGGUGCGCAUGGAUCUGGACAAUCAGGAGAAGCGGGUGAUGCGAUUCGGCCUGGCCGAGUGGUAACCAAUGCAUGAAUUACUGAAUUGUUUAAUCCUAUAAUUUAUUAAUUAUAUUACUAGAA